AUGGGUCCCUCCUCUGCUGACGGCUGGGAACGAUGGGCCCUGGAGUCCCUCCUGACAGCCCUCCUCCUCCCCCUCUUCCUUGCAGCCCAUUUCUUGCACCAGGCAAAGUCUGACUGCCACUUCUUCAACGGGACGCAGCGGGUCUGGUUCCUGUACAGGUUCUUCCCCGACCGGGAGGAGAUUGUCCGCUUUGACAGCGACGUCGGGGAGUUCGUGGCCGUCACCCCUUUGGGGCAGCGCUCGGCCGACCAGUGGAAGAACUGCCAGGACCACCUGCAGUACGAGAGGGCCGCCGUGGACCGCUUCUGCCGAGAGGCCUGCAGGGUGGCCAGCUACGGGGCAGACAAGGCACAGCGUGUCAUUGGGCGGAGAAUCAACCUCAGUGGAUCUGGAACAGCUAAGCUACUUUGCCUUACGCCCAACUUGGUGGCAGGACCCGGACCAAAGUUAUUGAGUCCUUGGUUGGGGGACCACCAGCAAAACCCCAGGGCUACAGGUGGCCCUUGGGAACUGAAAAGCAUCCGGGAGACUUUUCCGGAGGGGGAGUUCGAGAUCCUCACCUGCCGCAACUAUGCCUUGGCCCCCGACCGGGCCCUCCAGCAGAAGAGGGAGACUGAGACCACCAGCAACUCUCCAUCUCCCCCAGGGAUCCCCGCUGGGACUGACAAACCUCCCCCUACCUCCUACAGGGGGCAUCUUGAGGGAGUGACAGCCCUUCGAGCCCAUUUCUUGCACCAGGAGAAGUCUGACUGCCACUUCCUCAAUGGGAGGCAGCGGGUGCACUACCUGUAUAGGGACAUCUACGACCGGCAGGAGAUUGUCCACUUCGAGAGCAACAUCGGGAGGUUCGUGGCCGUUACCCCGUUGGGGCAGCUGGAUGCCGACUAUUGGAACAGCCGCCCAGAAGCCAAGCCCACCGUCACCAUCUCCCCCGCCAAGACGGACCCCGGUUCCCCCAACACCAUCCUCCUCUGCACCGCGACCGGCUUUUACCCCCUGGAGAUCGACGUCCAGUGGCUGAAGAACGGGUGGCUGGAGAAGGAGGGCGUCGCCUUCGGGGAGGAGCUACAGGACGGAGACUGGACCUACCAGCUCCAGGUGCUGCUGGAGACCCAGACCCAGCGUGGGGACAUCUACGCUUGCAAGGUGGGGCACGCCAGCCUGGAGGCCCCCCUCACUGUCCAGUGGGAGCCACGUUCCUCCAAUGCUGCCAAGAGCAAGCUCUGGACGGGGGCCGUGGGGGCCGUGCUGGGGGUGGUCUUCCUGGCUGUGGGGCUCUCCCUCUACCUGAAGAACAAGAAAGCAACUCCCAUCCAACAACCAGGUGAGCGUCUUCUAUUCACCCUCCAUUAAUUAAUAAGUUUUUCUCUUUCUCUCUCCUCCCAAAAAAUA